UCAGGUCCACCUCCCACGUGAUUACAGGGUGUAUGACUUUCUUGACCUUGGCGCCUUUUUUUCCAAUUUAGAUUUUCCCUUCUAGCUUCUAACCGUUUUUUUGCUAGGCAUGGAAUAAACCGGUUUUCGCUAAUUUCUGGGUUUUUGUUAUGUGUCACGAGAGACUCCGCCUAUCUGUUUAUUGCAUCACAUGUCUGCUAGUCUUCUGGGUAAAAGGAAGUCGAUUCCUUUAUUUUAUGUGAAGUACAGUUGUCAGCUUCUUGCUGUGACAACCUGUGACCGUCCUGCUCACCGAGCUUUCUAUUUUUAAACCAAAGCCGGUAUCUAAAUUGGACGUCCCACUCAAAGCUGCAAAGGUGCAAAUUCUAAAAUUUUAAUCACUUGCAAUGGCUGCAAGGCGCAUUAAGAAACUUGCUGCUGGUGGAAUUGCCUUGGGUGGAACUGUUGCUCUUGCAUCAUGGGUUUUUGGAGAUGAUAACCACACUAAGAAACAAUUUGGUCAUGUCUUAGCUGCUGACAAUUUGAAAUCAAGGCCAACUAAGCCUUUACCAACUAGAAGCGAACAGCUUAAAGCACUUGAAGAUGAAGUCUAUGAUGUCUUAGUUAUAGGUGGAGGAGCAACAGGAGCAGGAUGUGCUUUGGAUUCAGUGUCACGGGGUCUAAAAACAGCAUUAGUUGAACUGGAUGAUUUCAGUUCAGGGACGAGUAGCAGAAGCACGAAGCUGCUACAUGGCGGUGUACGCUACCUCCAAAAAGCAAUUUUCAAUUUAGAUAUUGAACAGUAUAAGAUGGUCAAAGAAGCCCUUCACGAACGAGCGAAUCUCUUAGAAAUCGCCCCUCAUCUCUCCUACCCUCUUCCUAUUAUGUUACCAGUUUAUACUUGGUGGCAAAUUCCUUAUUACUGGUCUGGAAUAAAAAUGUACGAUUUAGUUGCCGGAACAAAGUGCAUUAAAAGCUCCUACGUACUAAGCAAAGAGAAGGCUAUCGAACUUUUCCCAAUGCUUCGAAAAGACAAACUUUGUGGGGCAAUUGUUUACUAUGAUGGUCAACACAAUGACGCUCGUAUGAACAUAGCCAUCGCUUUAACUGCCGCUCGUCUCGGAGCUACCGUUGCAAAUCACGUGAAAGUGUUGAGUCUAACGAAAAAUAAAGAUAGCGAAGGCCAAGAAAAAAUCUCCGGUGCACAUGUACGUGACGAGAUUACCGGCAAAGAAUGGGACGUCCGAGCAAAAUGUGUCAUCAAUGCUACGGGUCCCUUCACGGAUUCCAUCAGGGAAAUGGAUCAACAGACAGUGAACAAAAUAUGCGCACCCUCCGCAGGUGUUCAUAUCGUGUUGCCGGAUUACUAUAGCCCAGCCAGUAUGGGCUUACUUGAUCCCUCCACUUCGGAUGGACGUGUAAUUUUCUUUUUGCCGUGGCAGGGUUUGACUAUCGCUGGAACAACUGAUACCCCCUGUGAAGUGACUCACCAUCCAAGUCCGACAGAAGACGAUAUCGAGUUCAUCCUCGGUGAAAUCCGAUCGUACUUAAGUCCGGAUAUUGAAGUUCGCCGUGGUGACGUCCUGUCGGCCUGGAGUGGGAUCCGUCCUUUAGUAUCAGAUCCAAAUAAACCAAACUCUCAGUCGCUGGUCAGAAACCAUAUCGUGCACGUGAGUGAUAGUGGACUCGUAACAAUCGCUGGAGGUAAAUGGACUACGUACCGCUCCAUGGCUAUGGAAACGCUCGAUGCAGCGGUCAAGAAGUGCAAUUUGCCAGCUCUUCGAGAAUCUGCCACUGACGGACUCCUUCUUGAGGGCGCUCAUGGAUGGACACCAACCAUGUUUAUCAGACUAGUGCAAGAUUUUGGAUUGGAGAGCGAGGUAGCCAAACAUUUGUCGGAAACUUACGGAGACCGAGCCUUCUCUGUUGCCAAACUGGCUGCAUUGACUGGCAAACGGUGGCCGAUUGUCGGAAAGAGAUUACAUGAAGAAUUUCCUUAUAUCGAUGCCGAAGUCAGAUAUGCCGUUAGGGAAUAUGCAUGCACUGCCAUAGAUGUGAUUGCUCGUCGUCUUCGCCUAGCCUUCCUAAAUGUUCAGGCGGCCGAAGAAGCCCUUCCAAGUAUUAUUUCCAUUAUGGCUGAAGAACUGAAAUGGUCCGACGCUGAACAGAAACGACAGUACGCAGAAGCGGUUAAAUUCCUUAAGGAAGAAAUGGGACAACAAGUUAACAGACAAAGCCGAGACAAAAUCCCAAUCAACUUGUCACGAGAAGAAAUCUCAAAUUACAUCAAACGUUUCCAGGCGCUCGACAAGGAAAAGAAGGGUUACAUCUCUAUCAACGAUAUUCGCCGAGGGCUCAAGCGUCAAGGUGAAAUCAUUUCGGGUACUCAGAUGCACGAGAUUCUUCGAGAGGUGGACGUUAACUCGAACGGCGUAGUCGAGCUGGAUGAAUUCCUUCAGCUAAUGGCCUGUAUCAAAUCUGGUCGCGUAACGAACUCACGUUUUGACCAGUUGGCACAAGAAGCUCAGAAAAACGCUGAAGAGGAAGAAGCAAAAAGGAAAGCUAUACCAGUGGACCGCAGUGGAGGAGGAGUCUAAAAAAUCUCUCUUUAAUUUAUAGUUUAAGGUGUUGUGUGGCCAUGGCUAAGCAGCACACCUUUUAAAACAAAUUCCCCUUUUUUUAAAUCCUUAAACUCAUUGGUUAUUUAGUCGUUUUUUUGUUAGUAUCCAUGUUUACAUUGCAUUUACACAUUUUAUCCCUUUAUCGUAAUGAUCAAAACCCAACGGGAUAAAAUGGCUGAAACCCAGAGUUAUUUACCAUCCGUCAAUUCGAACAAAGCCAAAGUAUUUCGUCCGUCUAUUCUUUCGGAUGGUUGUGCAAAAAAAAAAAAUUAUUUACUUAAAAUUAAUUCACAUUGGUGUUAUCCUCAUAGUCUGCACAGUGAGAUCCGUAAUGCGUACAGUAUCCUCCACAAAAAAGAGGCACCCCCCGGUCGCCAAAAAUAAAAUAAUAUAUUACUAGCGCUAGAUGGCAUUUAUUUUUUGCAACAUAUAAACAAAAAAAGCAUGCGUUUUUUUUUGUUUGUUUGUUUUGACGGCAAAAUUCCAGACGGUUUGCCGAUUUCCGAUGUUUUUUGUAAUUUUGCUUCGAGCAAAAUAAAGAAAACUGAAAAUUUGAGAAGUCUGGAGAAAGGCACACAUCGCUCCGUUCCGUUCCGACAACGGAAAAUUUGGAAAAAAAAAGUGAGUUUGGGAAAAGGUUACGAUUCAGACAAUGUGUGCCUUUCUCCAGACUUCUCAAAUUUUCAGUUUUCUUUAUUUUGCUCGAAGCAAAAUUACAAAAAACAUCGGAAAUCGGCAAACCGUCUGGAAUUUUGCCGUCAAAACAAACAAACAAAAAAAAACGCAUGCUUUUUUUGUUUAUAUGUUGCAAAAAAUAAAUGCCAUCUAGCGCUAGUAAUAUAUUAUUUUAUUUUUGGCGACCGGGGGGUGCCUCUUUUUUCUGGAGGAUACUGUACAUCUUUUAAGGUCUCAAUAAUCGUUUCUGACACUUAUACUGUAGGUUCCUAGCAAUUUUAUUCAGUGUAGUUAAAGUGUUUGCUUGUUUUUGUAUUUCUCUUUCUAUAGUAAUAAAUAGACAUUUGUGGAAGAAGCUGCAUCCUGGGGCUCAACAAACCAGUAAGUGUAUUGCUUGUAGAACUUUUAGUUGCACUUCGAUUCGUUAGCCUAGUAGCAUUGCACUUUAGCCGUGAAGCAUUCUGUUGGUGAAUAACUACUUUCAGGCGUGACUUGUGAUCGAUUAAGGUUUCCCUCUUUUGUUUUUAAUGCUCACCCAAGGGCUCAUCAUCUGGCUUUAUUUUCAAGUAGCAUUCCCAGUUUAUCCAGAAAUUCCAAACCCAUGUACAAUCAUGUUCUGUAACAUUCAAUGCAACACUUAGAUAGUUUCAAAUCAAUACUGUAUUAUUUAUUAUUCUGAUUUGUUUCGCACUCAAUACGGAGCACAGAAUAACCUCGAAUACGCGGCAUUCUUUGACAAAGUUUAAUUUUUUAUGUUUAACACGAUCCAAGUAAAUAAUGUUAUAGAUCACUUAGAUCCAACACAUCGACUUUGGGCAUGUUUUCCUCUUUAUCUACUUUUUGCACCGCACCUGGUUGCGCUACCAAAGGUUCUUGACGAGGUACUUCCAGCUUGUUCCAUGACAUAGGUUCGGCUUUCUUCAGUUUGAUUUCAACUUUGCUCGGUGUGUAGGUAACGCUACUGCUCACAGUGUCGAUAAUCUAGCAAAUGCAGCAUAAAGCUGUAAUUAUACAGCUUAAUAAUGCAGAAAUGCCUAAAUACUUACUCCUCGCAGCUCAAUAUCGGAGUUAUAAGAAGGUCCUCCAGUAAGCGAAUGAAUUUUGACGCGUAAGCGAACAGGAUUCACUUCGACAUAGGUCAAAGUUUCGUUACUAGGGUCGGGUUUUUUGCAGUAAAUGUUUACUAUGACAUGCGUCCCAGUUUGCAUCCAAUCUUGCCGACAUUGAGCUGAUUUCUUGAUUAGCUCCUCCUAUGGCAUUGGAAUACAGCUGUAAGUUUCGAAGUUU